UUUUUGUUGUUUAAAUCAGCUUAAGCUCACAAAAUUGAUCAAAUAAAAUGAACUCUGACAAUUUAAAUAUAAUUUUAAUUCAUAAACAAAAAACAGAGGAAUAUAUAAAAGUUUUACAAAGCUUCUUCCUCUUUGAGACACCAAAUACAAGAAAAAAACGACUUCGAAGCAUCCAGAUAGCUAAAUUGGUAAAGAUGAGAAAAGAGAUUUUUGAUGAAAUAGAAAAACUCAACUCCCAGAGGACCAUUUGGACAAAGAUACGUACCAGCACAUUCUGGGAAGAAGAAGUUAUGCAAAACAAUAAUGAACAUUUUAAGCAACACUUUAGAAUGUCUCGGGAUACCUUCGAAGUUCUAUGCAAUGAAGUCAGAAACUUAGAGAAGCACGACACACGUUACAGGAAGUCUAUUCCACUGAGAAAAAGAGUAGCCAUAGCUAUCUAUACUCUUGGCUCAUCUGCGGAGUAUAGAACCAUUUCGGCUCUUUUUGGUGUAGGCAUAUCGACAGUUUAUAUUAUCUUAAAAACUUUUUGUAAAGAAGCCUGGCGUGUCCUUCACCCUAAAUAUCUAUGUGCUUAUCCACUCACUUCAGACAUUAUAAAAGAAAAUGUAGAUGGCUUUCAAAAGCUUGGUUUCCCCCAAUGUUUUGGAGCUAUAGAUGGUUGUCAUAUAGAGAUUCAACCCCCUUCACAAGAUGCUGUCGAUUAUUAUAAUUAUAAAGGAUGGUACUCGAUGGUUUUAUUGGCUAUAGUUGAUUAUCGCUAUAGAUUCCUUUACAUAAACGUUGGAAGUCCGGGCCGCUGCAAUGAUUCUCAAAUUUUUGAAAAUUCAUAUGUUAAAGAACAGCACCAACAACCAAUUCUUAAAGAAAUGUCGAAGAAUCUUUGCGGUGUAGAUAUUCCUGUUUUACUUCUCGGAGAUUCAGCAUUCAGAUGUGGAUGCACCCUCAUCAGGCGAUGGAGAUAAUGGGUUUUCUUUGUUGGAGCAUUCUGAAUACUCAUGGUCCUCUAUCACCGUGAUAUCUAAUGAUGAAACUGCAGCCGUAGA